AUGUCAAGUCAAUCGAACAAACAAAAAAAGGCAGCAACUAGCUCGUUACAAACCAAAGAGUCUUCCACUAAAAAAGAUGCUCACGGGCAAAAAAUCACAAGCGACCCGCGUUUCGUGCAUGUGCAUCAAGACCCGCGCUUCGUCCGACCAAAGAAAAAUGAUAUUAAAAUUACUUUGGAUAAACGAUUUGCUCAUAUGCUAAAGAACAAAGAAUUUAGCGAUGCUCCCAAGGUUGACAAAUACGGACGUCCACUUUCUUCGGAACGUGCGAAAAAAGAAUUAAAACGAUUAUAUGUUUUAGACAAUGAUGAAGAUGACGAUGAAUCUAAUAAUCGUCGUGGUCAUCGAAAAAAUAAAGAUACCAUCAUCUCUUCACAAAAAGAUUUAUAUGAUUUUUCGCGCGGAAGGUUAGAUAUUUCUAGUUCCCCAUCAGAGGAAGAAGAAUCUGAUGAUGAUAACGCGUCAUUAUCAUCAUCCUCUUCGACGUCUUUAAAUGAGUCUUUAAACCAAAAUGACAUUGAACAAGAGGAGCCAAUCCCACUUGGCGAUGAAACUCGCAGAUUUGCUGCAAUUAACCUUGACUGGGAUAAUCUAAAAGCAACAGACUUGAUGAAAGUGUUUUCUGGGUUUUGUGCUCCGGGUACAUCUAUAAUUAAGUCUGUCAAAAUAUAUCCUUCAGAGUUUGGAAAAGAACGAAUAGAAUUAGAAUCACGUGAAGGUCCACCAAAAGAAAUAUUUAAAUCGUCAACCAAUAAACGAGAAGACGAAAAUGAUAGCGACGAAAGCAGCAGCGAUAUCGGUGACGAAAAGAACAAUGCAUUGGCUGAUGAGUUUGAUGAAGAAGCGUUACGAAAAUAUCAACUCGAGCGACUGAAAUAUUUUUACGCCGUAGUCGAGUGUGAUAGUGUUGAAACAGCGCGACAUAUUUACCAGCAAUGUGAUGGCGCAGAAUUCGAAAGAACGGCCAAUUUUUUUGAUUUACGAUUUAUUCCAGAUGAUAUGACUUUUGAUGAUGACCCAGCAGAUGAAUGCUAUGAGGCACCAGCCGAAUAUAAACCAGUUGAUUUUGUCACAGAUGCCCUUCAACACUCAAACGUAAAGUUAACGUGGGACAAUGACGACCCCGAUCGUUCUUUGGAGAAUGAAACUACAUUAGACGCGUAUCUACGAAAACAACGUGAAAAAAAGAAAGCAAAGAGAAAACUUCAACAAGAAAAAAUGAACAAACUUUCGUCUGAUCAAGAUCCUCGGUUUGCAGCGCUUCACGAGUCUCAUCAUUUUGCCAUCGAUCCCAGUAAUCCUCGAUUUAAGAAAACUAAAGCUAUGGACAAGUUACUACAAGAACGACAGCGCCGUCAGUUGCUUUUGACACGCAAUAAAAAGAACAGUGGCAUCUAA